GGUUGGGGACACCUCAACGCCUUCGAUAACCCUCUAACUAACAGCAAUGGCACUCAACAUUGUCCAAACUGUAGCCACUGUCGUGAAAGAAGCCAGCAGUUUGGCUCCUUUGCCUGGAAUUUUAUUGGCAGCUUCAUUGUUGAAUCAGACCCUCGCCGCGGCACAGCAAGUUGACCUGCAGAAACGCCAAGCCGAGUGCAUUACCAAACUCUUGGAUCAAAUUGUCCCUGUUGUACAGGAGAAGUUCAACAAUCUUAAUGCGCAAAAUAUGCAGCCUCCUUCUUCACUGCUGGACAAUGUGAGGAGACUGGAGAGCACCCUGCUCAGGAUUAAUACAGAACUCAUGGAUUUUCUCUGCCAUGGAUUCUUCUGGCGAUUGUGCCACACGGACCGCAUGGCACUAGCAUUGUCCACGUACUAUUCUGAAAUCAGCACGGAGUUCCAGUUAUUUGGGUUUGAAGUUGACGUUAACGCGUCAAUGUAUCGGGAGGAAGAUCGUCUGGAAAGAGCGGCUGAUUCGCAGAAGAUACGGGACAUUGUCGCGCUCCUCGAAAACUCUCAACUGCCUGAGCUCGUCCGAACUGAUAGCAGCGGUGCAAUUGACCAAGAAGAGAUGCGUGAAAUCAUGCAAAGGCGUGAUGUGCUCCUCGCUACUUCCGUUUCGGACAUACAUGAGGCUCUUGAUGCUGUUUUCGCGAGGCUUGAGGUUAUGCUGCCUCCAAGAGGUGUGGGCCCCCCAAUCACUAAUUGGUCCCAGAGACAGCAGGAGGGCCCCGAUAUUGAACCAACUCUUGUUCCAUCUCCACUGUCCACGGGCUUUACGGGUUCUCCGAUAACUCCUGGCUUGGGUUUUUUACACAUCAAAAAAAUAUACACAGCUUCCAUCUCGUCUGUCUCGUUAGACGAUGAUGGAAAUUCUUCGUGCUUCGAAAGGGGAGAUUGCUCUGAGGACUCUUGGGUUGUCUCCAGCAGCAAUGAGCCCACAGAGAUUUCUCCGAGCACAACGCGCAAAAAAGCCACUCAUGCGUUAUCGAUAAUACCAGUUCCUCAUACCGCCAAGGUGCUGGCAUGUCAAGGGUACAGCCUUGCGCCGGAGCCUGGACGUUGUAUGCUUCUGUCGACCAUGGAACCUUCGUGGGAUCCUCUGAAUGGCCCGGGUGUUCAAUCCCUACGACAGGAAGUGGCUAAUCGCGCACACACAUCAUCCUUUCUGACAGCAAACGAGGGCGGGCAUCAAAAUCAGCGUCACGUCAAACAAGAACAUCCUGGUCAUUCCAGGGAUCCGCUCCUACCAAAUCAUCACAAUACCCGAACGCUUACCAUCACACAUCACAUCGAGAGGCGACGAUCCGGCGCAACAAAAGAAAACAACCCAUUCCCGUCGAACGACGUUGGCCUGGUUCGGGAUGAUGUCGCUGACUGGUUUGAUUCGGGCACGCGUUGGACAAAAUUGUUUGGUGGAGGCAACCGUGUCCCCAUAGACUCCUUUGCCUUUCGUCCAAUUGAGCUUGACACGCUUAGGGUUUAGUGUACGGUACACGUCCGAACAGGACUACCCCAUUUGCGCGAUAUAUGAGAUAGAUUAAAGCCCCGAAGUGGGGGGCUGCUUGAUACUUCUUGGUGGAUGCUUGUUCCUUAUAUGGAGUCAAGCUUGGUGCAAAAGAAAUACAACAGUCGGCUGAUUCAGCAUACACAACGUUAUGAGCAAACAUGUAUUGUUAGCCCAAGAUGAAUUUAAGCAACCCGAUCU